UACCCUCGUCGCCCCCCUUCCUCCUCCUACCCCCACCGCAGUAGCCUGUUUCUGUUUCUGUUUCUGUUUCGUCUCCUCUCCUGCACUUACAUAUAUAUAUAUAUAAUAUUCUCUGUUCUGUUGUGGGGUGUUUUGGAGAAGCAGCAGCCAUGCCUGAGGCGCCGAGGGAAGCGUGUCUGAAUAAGGGGUCGGGUAGUGUGGCGGAGAUGAACAAGAAGAAGCUGGAGUUCAUUGAGGAUGUGACGAAGAACGCAGACGAGAUUCAGAAGCGUGUCCUGAGGGAGAUCCUGUCGAGGAAUGCCCACGUGGAGUACCUCAACAGGCAUGGACUCGACGGCCGCACCGCCGACAGGGACACUUUCAAGAAAAUCUUACCGGUCAUAUCCUACGAAGACAUCCUCCCCGACAUCAAUCGCAUCGCCAAUGGCGAUACGUCCCCGAUCCUCUGCUCCCACCCCAUCUCCGAGUUCCUCACCAGCUCCGGGACAUCGGCCGGAGAAAGGAAAGUGAUGCCGACGAUCGAGGAGGAGCUGGAGAGGAGGUCCCUGCUGUACAGCCUUCUGAUGCCUGUGAUGAGCCAAUACGUGGGGGGCCUGGAAGAGGGCAAAGGGAUGUACUUCUACUUCAUAAAAUGCGAGACCCGGACCCCCGGCGGCCUCCCUGCCCGCCCCGUCCUCACAAGUUAUUACAAGAGCUCCCAUUUCAAGGACCGGGCCUUCGAUCCCUACACCAACUACACCUCCCCCAACGAGACCAUUCUCUGCCCGGACUCCUACCAGAGCAUGUACUCCCAAAUGCUCUGCGGCCUCUGCCAGAACUUCCAGGUCCUCCGGGUCGGGGCGGUUUUCGCCUCGGGUUUCAUCCGGGCCAUCCGAUUCCUCGAGAAGCACUGGGCGCUACUCUGCCAGGAUAUUCGGGCGGGCACGGUCAACCCGCUGAUUACCGACCCGUCCGUGAGGGAUGCGGUGAUGAGGAUCCUUAAACCCGACCCGGAGCUGGCGGAGUUCAUCGAACGGGAGUGCAGGAAGGAGUCAUGGCAGGGGAUCAUCACCAGGCUGUGGCCCAACACAAAGUAUAUCGAUGUAAUAGUGACUGGGACCAUGUCGCAGUACAUUCCGACACUGGAUUAUUACAGUAAUGCCCUCCCCCUUGUCUGCACAAUGUACGCCUCCUCCGAAUGCUAUUUCGGCCUCAACCUCAACCCCCUCUGUAAACCCUCCGACGUCGCCUACACCCUCAUCCCCAACAUGUGCUAUUUCGAGUUCCUCCCCAUCCACACCAAAUCGCUGUCGCUAUCCCUACCCGCCGCCGCCGCCGACAAGGACCACCAAGAACUCGUCGACCUCGUCGACGUCGAGCUCGGACAGGAAUACGAACUCGUCGUCACCACUUACGCUGGGCUUUACCGGUACAGAGUGGGCGACAUUCUGCGCGUGGCGGGAUUCAAAAACAACGCGCCGCAAUUCAACUUCGUGUGCCGGAAGAACGUCGUCCUGAGCAUCGACUCCGACAAGACCGACGAGGUGGAGCUCCACAACGCCGUCCGGAAUGCGCUGACCCAUCUGAUGCCGUUCGACGCUCAUCUGACGGAGUACACCAGCCAAGCCGACACGUCCACCGUUCCCGGCCACUACGUGCUCUACUGGGAGCUCACCUGCAACGGCGGCGCGUCGGCCCCAAUCCCGCCCUCCAUCUUCGAAGACUGCUGCCUGACAAUCGAAGACUCCCUGGACGCGGUGUACCGGCAGAACCGAGUGUUCGACGCCAUCGGGCCCCUGGAAAUCAAGAUCGUCGAGAACGGAACCUUCGACAAGCUGAUGGACUACGCGAUCAGCCUCGGCGCGUCGAUCAACCAGUACAAAACCCCGCGCUGCGUCAAGUUCGCGCCGAUGGUGGAGCUGUUGGAGUCGCGGGUCGGGUCCUCUUACCGGAGCCCCAAGUGCCCCAAAUGGACCACUCCGGGGCUCCAGCAAUGGACCAACAAUUAAUUCCAAUUUCAGACACAGAUUAAUAAUAAAGAGGAAUGAGGGAGAGCUGUUUUUGGAACCAAUCAAUCAAUCCAAAGUAUUUUUAGUAUUGUAUUUAUGAAGUCUUUGGAUUUUAUUUAGAAGAUCGAUCGAUCGUUUUUCAAAUUAUAUUUAUAUUCAUACCACCAUCUCACCCGGU